UAUCGAGAUUCGAGAAUUUUAUGGAGGACGUGCCCGUGUUCAUGAGAAAACUUCUUGUCUCUCCCUUGUAGGAUCCCAGGACCCAAUUAUAGAACUGCUACUGGGAAAAAUCACAGGCGAGGUAUAUUUGUGUCCAGAGCAAAUUAAGACCAUAUAUUGUUGUUUUUCUUCUUUCUCGUUUUAUUUUUUCAUUCAGCAAACGUCCGGGAGACAGUGGGAAUCAAUCAUUACAAACAACCAAUUGAGUAAUUGAGAAGGUAAUAAGAGCUUCUUUCUGAGCUAUGGUGAAGGAAACUGAGUACUAUGAUAUCUUGGGUGUCAGUAUGGAUGCAUCCCCUUCUGAGAUUAAGAAAGCAUACUACCUAAAGGCAAGGGUAGUGCACCCAGACAAAAAUCCCAACGACCCCAAGGCUGCUCAUAAUUUCCAGGUACUUGGAGAGGCAUAUCAGGUAUUGAGUGACCCAGCAAAGCGUGAAACGUACAACAAAUAUGGAAAAGAUGGAGUAGCGCAAGACACCAUGGUGGACCCUGCAACUGUGUUUGGCAUGCAAUUUGGGAGUGACUUCUUUGAAGAUUAUGUGGGACAACUCCGAUUGGCUUCUUUGGCAGGGGUUGAAAUUGAUGAUAACUCAGAAAAUCCUGAUGUGCGCACUCAGAAAAUUCAGGAAAAGUUAAAGGCAUUACAAAAGGAAAGAGAAGAGAAGCUCAUAGGAAAUUUGAAAGAUCGUCUGCAACCCUUUGUUGAAGGUCGAACCAAUGAGUUUGUGGAAUGGGCAAAAGCAGAAGCUCGUCGUCUUUCUCAUGCUGCUUUCGGUGAGCCUAUGCUGCAUACAAUCGGUUAUAUCUACACCAGGCAGGCUGCAAGAGAAAUUGGGAAGGACAAGCGGUAUAUGAAGGUUCCAUUUUUAGCAGAGUGGGUGAGAGAUAAAGGACAUAGAAUAAAAUCGCAAGUAAUUGCAGCUUCAGGUGCCAUGAAUUUACUUCUGCUGCAGGAGGAAUUGAAGAAGUCAAACCAAGGAGAACUUUCUGAAGAGAGUGUAAUGAAAGCAUAUGAAGAGAAGAAGGAGGAAAUGGUUAACUCCCUUUGGCAGCUAAAUGUGGUAGAUAUUGAGAUGACUUUAUCUCGUGUGUGUCAAGCUGUGCUUCGAGACCCUAGUGUUUCUAAGGAUGUUCUCAAGUUGCGUGCAAGUGCUAUGAAAAAGCUUGGGACAAUUUUCCAGGGUGCAAAGGCCAUAUACAGUAGGGAGACCAGUUUGCGCCAUGAAAGCUCUCAGCUGCAGGUUCCAACAUCAUCAUGCAAGCCAGGCUAGCUGUUGUUAUGAACCAAAAUUAUGUAUGUGUGAGCUGCAUAGAAAGUGCGACCUAUUACUGGCUUCAUAUUUGAGUGGUUUAUUGUCUCCUGUGUAUAUUUUUCAACCCAUUCAGAUAAAACUACACUAGCCUAAUUUUUGGUUCUA